AUGUCCAAUUGACGAAUUUUUGGCGGCAGUCUUCUCUGGCAACUGAUAGCCACUCAGAUUUUACUCUGCACAAUACUCCUCGUCCUGCAGUUUUUACAAGAACCGUUUUUUGGCUUCGUUUUUUGUUUCAAUUUUUUUUGCGAGAACUUUAACCAACAACGAUUGAACUCCAAUGUAAAGUCCAGUGGAUCAGUUUAGAUCCAGACGCGAAACUCUUUGGUCAUAAUAAGUUCAAAAGAGAUAAAGGUUAAAAAAAAAAAAAAUUCGAUAACUGUGUGGUGAGAAGAAAAGCUAGAACCGGACCCGCUGUUUUUGUUUGUGAUUUUUUAUUUUUACAAAAGAAAAAAAAAAUAAUAUUGUUAAUUUUAAUUAUAAAUAAAAAAUAUAAUACAAAAAUUCCUAUAUAAAAAAAAUUAAACAAAUCUCUAUUAAUUGUUUUUUAAAUUAAGUGUUAAAAAUAAAAUUAAAAAAAAAAAAAAAUGUGAAAAACGUGGUAAUGUUUUACAAUUUUUACCUUUCCCCUUCUUAAAUAUUUUUCUUAAAAAUAAAAUAUUUUUAAAAUAUGUAAAAAAUAUUUUAAAAAAUUUUAACUUAAAAAAUAAAUAAAACAAAAAAUAAAAAUUAUGAAGUGCUUUGGUUAAGGAGUUGACAACUUUUUGUCUCUUUUAUAUAUUCGAAAACCUUGAAUGUUCGGUGCGUGCAGAAGAAGAGUGUUACUAAAUAUUUAAUGAUUUUACAUUUCAAAUUAAAUUUAUAGCAAAAAAGUUUUUAAAAGUAAAUUAAAGAAAUAAAUCACAAUCUGGUCUUCCAUUGGUACAAAAAAAAAUUAAGUGCAUAGUGUGUCCUUUGAAUCCUUGAAAAAAAAAUAAAAAGAAGACAUCAUCGUUCCCAACAAAUAAAAGAUAAAAUAAAAAUACAAAAAAAAAAAAGAAAAGAAAUUUCAUUCAUCCUGUGAGUAGGCUACUCUUUUUUUGUUUUUGUUGCAUUUGUUGUUGUGUUUUUGUGUGGAUUUAUACUCGUACUUUCGCAUCGUCCUUGAACUUGGAAUUGAUUGUUUUGGCACUAACCAACUUGUUAAAAUAUUUCUAAGAACUUCUUCAUAUUGGUAAUGGACUGGCGAUGUACAAUAAUACAACUCCUGGCAACCAUCAUCCAUGCCAAUUCAAUACAUCACACAUGUUGUGUCGUCAGCUAAGUUCAUUCAAUAACAUACACUCAAACAAAAUGCUCAUCAUCUCUACAAACAUCAAAAAUCAUUAUUUGCGGCAACCGGAAACAACAUCAUUAACUGUGAUAAAAUGUCCGAUCGUGAUCGUGUGACAUGAUCAGCGGUCAAUAGAACAAGGAAUCACAUAAAAACAAAAAACAAAAAUCGUAACACCCCAUCUUGAAACAGCUUAGAUAGCGUUAAUCCCCUCAUCUCAUAGAAAAAAUAUAUCAUUAAAAAAAAGAAAAAAAAAGUCAAGUCUCCAAUAAAUCAUCAUCAUUUCAAGGAAAAACACAAAAAAAGGACUUGAAAUAUAACAACUUGAAGAAAGUGUGAAUUAUAAAAAAAUCAAACUUAAAUCUCCCUCAAAACUCACAUAUCCUUAGUUUAAUUCUUAAAAAAAAAAAACAAAAAAUCAAAAAACUUAAAAUACUCUCCAAUAUCUAUGUUGGAUUUCAACUCCAAUUGCUGCCGCAGUUAAAGCGAACUAAGAAUGAAUAAUGCAAACACAGAGGUCUACUGGGAAAUAGCUGCUGUCGUUCCACCGCCUAUAACAACAAAUUUCACCACCACCAACACAAACACUUACACUGGACAUUCAAAUCACACAUCACCACCAUCGUCCAUCUACACAACAUACAACCUCAGUGAAGAUCAGCUAAUCAACUAUUUCAAUGGCUAUCUCACGACGGACGCCAACCUCAACUACACUCUGGGCCAGACACCGCAGCCCGAUUUAUCAGAGUUCCUCGAAGCCUUGACCAAUGAUCGUGUUAGCCUGCUGUCGUUUUUGUUCCUGUUCUCCUUUGCCACCGUAUUCGGCAAUUCACUCGUGAUCCUCGCCGUUAUAAGGGAACGGUAUCUACACACGGCUACCAACUAUUUUAUAACCUCAUUGGCUGUGGCCGACUGUCUGGUCGGCUUGGUGGUGAUGCCUUUCUCGGCCCUCUACGAAGUUCUCGAGAAUACGUGGUUCUUUGGUACGGAUUGGUGCGACAUCUGGCGAUCACUAGACGUACUAUUUAGCACGGCGUCAAUUCUGAACCUUUGUGUAAUAUCACUGGACCGGUAUUGGGCCAUCACAGAUCCAUUCUCGUAUCCCAUGAGAAUGACGGUUAAACGAGCUGCCGGACUCAUUUGCGCCGUUUGGGUGUGUUCGGGAGCGAUAAGUUUUCCGGCAAUUGUAUGGUGGCGGGCGGCCCGUGACGGCGAAAUGCCAGCCUUUAAAUGUAUAUUCACCGAGCACCUAGGCUACUUAAUAUUCUCCUCAACAAUUUCCUUCUAUCUUCCAUUAUUAGUUAUGGUCUUUACAUAUUGCCGUAUUUAUCGGGCGGCCGUAAUACAAACACGGUCGCUGAAAAUCGGUACCAAACAAGUCCUAAUGGCAUCGGGAGAACUGCAAUUAACGCUUCGUAUUCAUCGCGGCGGAACGACCCGAGAAACAACAGCGUCAACACAUCAUCCGGUCGUACAUCACGGAAGUACGGGCGGUGGUGGGGUAGGAGUUGGCGGUUUAGGUGCUAGCCAUAAUCAUCACCAUCACAAUCAUAGUGCGUCGGCAACGACGACAUCAACACCAGAAGAGCCUGAAGACGAACCGUUGUCAGCGUUACAUAAUAAUGGUUUGGCCCGUCACCGGCAUAUGGGCAAGAACUUUUCGCUGUCACGGAAGCUGGCGAAGUUCGCCAAAGAGAAAAAGGCUGCGAAGACGCUCGGUAUUGUGAUGGGCGUUUUCAUUGUGUGUUGGCUGCCAUUUUUUGUGGUCAACUUGUUGUCCGGUUUUUGUGUAGAUUGUAUAGAGAAUGAGGAGAUUGUGUCGGCGGUGGUGACGUGGUUGGGUUGGAUAAACUCGUGCAUGAAUCCGGUGAUAUAUGCGUGUUGGAGUAGAGAUUUUCGAAGAGCAUUUGUGCGCUUACUAUGCAUGUGUUGCCCGCGAAAGAUUCGAAGAAAAUAUCAGCCAACGAUGCGUUCAAAAUCACAGUGUCACGUUGCUGCAGCAAUGGUGGCAGCAUCAACUUCCUUCGGAUACUCCUCUGUUAAUCAAUUGGAUGGUGGUAAUCGUGGCAUGAUGUGACGACAGCUUAGCAGUUGCAGCUCUUGUAGUGGGAGCAGCAACUGCGGCCGCAACGGUCUAGGCCAACAACAACAACAACACAACCAACAACAACAGCAACUCCGAGAACGAUCGUGCACCAGAUGUCAAAGCUUCCAUCGUCAUCAUCAUCGUCAGAGACGCCGCAGCAGUAGUAAUCAGUUUAGGGGCUCCUUUUCGACAACGGCCAGUGCAAAUUCCAGCUGCUCCCCGAUGGCGAUGACAACAAAAGCCAUCGUUAGUAUUCCAAUGGCAAAGAGUAAUGGCAAAUCGGUGUGUGCUAAUGUGCCUCUGGCUAAGCAUUGUACUUUUGCGGCUAUAGCUACAGCAAUUCCACCACCGCCCAUCAUUUCGUCAACAUCUGGCGGCAGUGGCAGCGGAAGUCAUGUUUCCUUUAUGGCAACGAAUCGUUAUCGUCCGAGGUUGCAACAACAGCAACAGCAGCAACAUUUGCCAAAAACUCGACUAACCAGCAGUAGUUGUCUAACUCUGACUGCCACUACUCCGCCGCCAUUGUGUGAAGUGCCAAAUGUGAAAACCUCUCGUUCACAUCAGUCCCUCGAGUUGCGGGAGAGUCUGCAGAGUCAAAUUAGUACUGAAAGCAGUGAAGAUUCCUCCAUUAUGGCUGUUAUUGGGUGAAUUAAUGGAACCACUCCAACAAUAUUUAUUGUCACAACACAAUCAUCAUUGAGAGACAAUAAACUAUGCAUUUUCAUUUUAGGAACGUCACACACAUGCUUCCCCCCGGUUUUUUUUGGGGUGAGAUUUUUUAAAUGGGAAGACUCUUGACAGUGUUCCUACUCUUUGAAUGUUUCUAUUUUUAAACAAAUUUUUGAAAUUUCUAAAAAAAAAAAACAGUGCGUUAUGGCUUUGAAACUGAAUACCUUCUCUCUUUAACAUGUUUAUUAUUAAUAUUAUGCUCCCAAGAUCCAAAAAUGAUAUUUUGUUUAAAAAACAGUCUUUAAAAAAAAAUAUUUAAGAAUCAAAUUCAUUUAGUACCUAAAUAUAUAUACCUAUAGUUUUGAAAAAAAAUAAUUAUUAU